UUUAUUAAAAUAAAUGAAAAUACAAAAAUAAGUAAACAUUAUCUAGAGGGAAAAAAAUUGUAAUUGCUACACCACUUUUUAAGUUGGAGUAUCACUGUAUCAGAUAGAAACUGUGAGUCUCCGUACAUUUCUUCACUCUCUUCACACUUCUCGGCUCUUCCGAAAUUCAAACCGCAGAUAAUGGCAGCAGCAGCUCCGCCGCCUCCACCUUCCUCAGUCCCCGGCGUCUUCAAGGAGGACCUGAUCCCCACCGCCGGCUAUCAAGUGUUCACCCGCAUCCGCCUCGCCACCGCAGCCGACGUACCCCACAUCCACAAGCUCAUCCACCAGAUGGCGGUCUUCGAGCGCCUCACCCAUCUCUUCUCCGCCACCGAAGCUUCUCUCUCCACCACCCUCUUCCCCGCCUCUGACCCGCCUCCUCCGUUCACCUCUUUCACCGUCUUCAUCCUCGAAGUCUCCCCCAAUCCCUUCCCACCCGCUGCUGCCGCAAAUCCCCCCAAUUUCUCCCCAAUCCACAAAACCCUAACCCUAGACCUCCCGAUCGAUGACCCAGAAGCCCAGACAUUUGCUCCCCAGGGACUGAAUGACGUAACUGUUGCUGGAUACGCGCUGUUCUUCCCCAACUAUUCCUCAUUCCUGGCGAAACCUGGGUUCUACAUCGAGGAUAUAUUUGUGCGGGAGACUUACCGGAGGAAGGGGUUUGGGCGGAUGUUGCUGUCGGCCGUGGCUGCUCAGGCGGCCAAGAUGGGGUAUGAGAGGGUUGAAUGGGUGGUGCUGGAUUGGAAUGUGAAUGCGAUAAAGUUCUACGAGCAGAUGGGGGCUCAUGUGCACAAAGAGUGGUGCAUUUGCAGGCUCUCGGGCGAGGCUCUCCGUUCGUAUGCUCCUUGAUCUCAUCUUUUUUCGCUAUGAAAUUUGACAAAUCCCUUUCUGCUUCUCACUGUGCAUUUGGUGUUCAUCUUUGUCCACUUCAAAAAUAACUCAAUUGAUGCAGAAUGAAUUGUCUUGAAAUUCGUUUUCCCACUGAAAGAAUUGAAAAUGAAUGGAUGAAUAUGGUGAUGCAUUGUGUCUGCUUGUUUGACCUUCAUGAUCAGUAGAUCUUACUCUGCUAUAAGUUUGAGCCAUUCAUGUGCUUAAAAUAAUUGUGAAGAUACAGAACAAAACUUAUUUAUUUGCUCUGGGCUUUGGCCAUAAGAAAAGGGUUAGUCUUUG